AUGGGUGUUACAAAUGGCAACCCGGUCAACGGCAGCUCGUCUGUCUCCAAACAUGACCUUCCCUCACAUUUCAUCGGUGGCAAUGCGCUUGAAUCGGCACCCCCUAGCGCUGUGAAGGAUUUCGUGGCCUCCCACGAUGGUCACUCUGUUAUCACGUCGGUGCUUAUUGCCAACAACGGUAUCGCCGCCGUCAAAGAGAUUCGUUCAGUGCGGAAAUGGGCCUACGAGACCUUCGGCAACGAGCGGGCCAUCCAAUUUACCGUGAUGGCCACACCAGAAGAUUUGCACGCCAACGCUGACUAUAUUCGCAUGGCCGACCAAUAUGUCGAGGUUCCCGGUGGAACCAAUAAUAAUAAUUAUGCCAACGUCGAGUUGAUUGUCGAUGUUGCCGAACGCAUGGACGUUCACGCUGUUUGGGCAGGAUGGGGUCACGCCUCCGAAAACCCUCGGUUACCCGAAUCUCUCGCUGCCUCACCGAAGAAGAUCAUUUUCAUUGGACCCCCAGCCUCGGCCAUGCGCUCACUGGGUGACAAGAUUUCGUCGACCAUCGUUGCACAACAUGCCGGUGUGCCUUGUAUUCCCUGGUCUGGAACCGGCGUUGAUGAGGUGACGGUUGAUGAUAACGGUAUCGUGACAGUUGAGGAGGAGAUUUACAACAAGGGCUGCACCUUCUCCCCGGAGGAAGGUCUGGCUAAGGCGAAGGAAAUCGGUUUCCCCGUCAUGGUCAAGGCCUCCGAAGGUGGUGGUGGUAAGGGUAUUCGGAAGGUCGAGAGAGAGGAAGAUUUCUACUCCUUGUAUAACGCCGCCGCAAACGAAAUUCCCGGAUCGCCCAUCUUCAUCAUGAAGUUGGCUGGUAACGCUCGCCAUCUGGAGGUGCAAUUGCUGGCUGAUCAGUAUGGCAACAAUAUCUCCCUCUUUGGUCGUGAUUGUUCCGUCCAGCGUCGUCACCAGAAGAUUAUUGAGGAGGCCCCUGUUACUAUUGCGAAGGAGCCCACUUUCCAGGCCAUGGAGCGCGCUGCUGUGAGCCUUGGUCGCUUGGUUGGAUACGUUUCCGCAGGUACCGUCGAGUACCUCUACUCCCACUCCGACGACAAAUUCUACUUCCUCGAAUUGAACCCCCGUCUGCAGGUCGAGCAUCCUACCACCGAGAUGGUGUCAGGUGUCAACUUGCCUGCAGCUCAGCUCCAGAUUGCCAUGGGUAUCCCCUUGCACCGCAUUCGUGACAUUCGUCUCCUCUACGGUGUUGACCCCAACACCUCCGCCGAGAUCGACUUCGACUUCUCCAAAGAGGAGAGCUUCGAGACCCAGCGCCGUCCUCAACCUAAGGGCCACACCACUGCCUGUCGUAUCACGUCCGAAGAUCCCGGCGAGGGCUUCAAGCCCUCCAGCGGUACCAUGCACGAGCUGAAUUUCCGCAGUUCGUCUAAUGUGUGGGGCUUCUCCGACAGUCAAUUCGGUCACAUUUUCGCCUACGGUGAGAACCGAUCUGCUUCGCGGAAGCACAUGGUUGUUGCUUUGAAGGAGCUGAGCAUUCGUGGUGAUUUCCGCACCACUGUUGAGUACCUGAUCAAGCUUCUCGAGACCCCCGCUUUCGAGGACAACACCAUCACGACUGGGUGGCUCGAUCAGCUUAUUUCGAACAAGCUGACAGCAGAGCGCCCUGAUCCGACUGUCGCCACUAUUUGCGGUGCCGUUACCAAGGCUCACCUUGCUAGCGAGGCUGGCAUCCAAGAGUACAGCCACAGUCUCGGAAAGGGCCAGGUUCCUUCCAAGGAUAUCCUGAAGACCGUUUUCCCUGUGGAUUUCAUCUAUGAAGGCGAACGCUACAAGUUCACCGCCACUCGUGCCAGCUUGGACAGCUACCACCUCUUCAUCAACGGCUCCAAGUGCUUAGUUGGUGUCCGCGCCUUGGCUGAUGGUGGCUUGCUGGUCCUGCUCAGCGGCCGCAGCCACAAUGUUUACUGGAAGGAAGAAGCGGCUGCGACCCGUCUCAGUGUUGACGGAAAGACUUGUCUGUUGGAGCAGGAGAACGAUCCCACCCAGCUCCGCUCACCCUCCCCCGGUAAGCUCGUCAAGUUUACUGUCGAGAACGGCGACCACAUCCGCGCUGGCCAGGCUUACGCCGAAGUUGAGGUCAUGAAGAUGUACAUGCCCCUCGUCGCCAAGGAGGACGGUAUUGUGCAGUUCAUCAAACAGCCCGGUGCCACUCUCGAAGCUGGUGAUAUUCUUGGUAUCCUUGCUCUCGAUGACCCAUCCCGUGUCAAGCACGCUCAGCCCUUCACCGGCCAGCUGCCGGAGCUUGGCUCUCCCACUGUCCUCGGUAACAAGCCGUCUCAGCGAUUCUUCCUGCUUCACGGUAUCCUCGAGAACAUCCUUCGCGGUUUCGACAACCAGGUCAUCAUGGGUUCUACCCUGAAGGAUCUGGUUGAGGUGUUGCGCAACCCAGAUCUCCCCUAUGGUGAAUGGAAUGCGCAGUCCUCUGCCCUGCACUCUCGCAUGCCCCAAAAACUGGACGCUCAGCUGCAGAACAUUGUCGAUCGUGCCAAGGCACGCAAGGCAGAGUUCCCUGCUAAGCAGCUCCAGAAGGCCAUUGUUCGCUUUAUUGAAGAUCAUGUUGGCACUGCCGACGGGGAGAUCCUCAAGGCUACUCUUGCACCAUUGGUCCAGGUUAUCAACAAGUUCUUGGAUGGGCUGAAGUCCAACGAGUACAAUGUCUUCAUUGGCUUGCUUGAGCAAUAUUACAACGUCGAGAAGUUGUUCUCCACCCACAACCUUCGCGACGAGGAUGUCAUUCUCAAGCUCCGCGAGGAGAACAAGGACGACAUUACCAGCGUUGUCCACACUGUUCUCUCGCACAGUCGUAUCGGCUCCAAGAACAACCUGGUCUUGGCCAUCUUGGACAUGUACCGCCCCAACCAGCCCAAUGUUGAGAAUGUGGGCCUGUACUUCAAGCCAGUCCUCAAGAAGUUGACUGAGCUUGAGUCUCGCUCCUCUGCCAAGGUCACCCUUAAGGCCCGUGAGGUUCUCAUUCAGUGUGCUCUGCCAUCUCUGGAUGAGCGCUUGUCGCAGAUGGAGCACAUUCUCCGUUCUUCCGUCAUCGAGUCGCGCUAUGGUGAGACCGGCUGGGAACACCGUGAGCCUUCUCUCGAUGUGUUGAAGGAAGUUGUCGACUCGAAGUACACCGUCUUCGAUGUUCUUCCUCGUUUCUUCGUCCACAAUGACCCUUGGGUUACUCUCGCCUCCUUGGAAGUCUACGUUCGCCGCGCCUACCGUGCCUACACUCUCAAGGGUAUUGAGUACAAUGCCUCUUCGGAGCAGCCGUUCCUUUCUUGGGACUUCACCCUUGGAAAGCUCGGUCAGUCUGAGUUCGGUGUUCUCUCCUCCACUCAGCCCUCUGCCCCGGGUACCCCCAUAAUGGAGGGCAACCCGUUCAAGCGCAUCAACUCUAUCAGUGACAUGUCGGCCUCUUUCAACGCCGAUGCCAGUGACCCUGUUCGCAAGGGUGUGAUCAUUCCCGUGCAAUACCUGGAGGAUGCCGAGGAGGUCCUUUCCAAGGCUCUUGAGGUCUUCCCUCUCGGUGGUAACAACGCCAAGCGUCCCAGCGAGACCGGCCUUCUUGCCAGUCUCGAGGGCAAGCGCCGCCCCGUCCCCAAACCCGAGACUGACGGCGAGCUCACUGGUGUCUGCAACAUUGCCAUUCGCGAUAUUGAAGAUAUGGAUGACAGCGAGCUUGUUGCACAGAUGAAGGUGCUGCUUGCUGACAACAAGGAUGAACUCCUCGCCCGCGGAAUUCGCCGUGUGACUUUCAUCUGCGGUAAGCAAGGUGUCUACCCCGGUUACUUCACCUUCCGUGGUCCUCACUACGAUGAGGAUGUGAGUAUCCGUCACAGCGAGCCUGCUCUCGCCUUCCAGCUUGAGCUUGGACGUCUUUCCAAGUUCAACAUCAAGCCUGUCUUCACCGAGAACCGGAACAUCCACGUUUACGAGGCCAUUGGCAAGGGUCCCGAGAACGACAAGGCCAUCGACAAGCGCUACUUCAUUCGUGCCGUGGUUCGUCCCGGCCGUCUGCGUGACGAUAUCCCCACCGCUGAGUACCUGAUCUCCGAGGCCGACCGCCUCAUGAACGACAUCUUGGACGCCCUGGAGAUCAUUGGAAACAACAACUCCGAUCUGAACCACAUUUUCAUCAACUUCUCUCCCGUAUUCAACCUCGAACCUGCCGAUGUCGAACAGGCCCUGGCUGGUUUCCUUGACCGAUUUGGCCGCCGCCUGUGGCGCCUCCGUGUCACUGGCGCCGAGAUCCGUAUCCUCUGCACCGACCCCACCACCGGCAUGCCUUACCCCUUGCGCGUGACUAUCAGCAAUACCUAUGGUUUCAUUAUCAACGUUGAGCUGUACAUCGAGCGCAAGUCCGAGAAGGGCGAGUGGAUCUUCCAGAGCAUCGGUGGCACCACCAAGCUUGGCUCCAUGCACAUGCGCCCUGUAUCCACCCCCUACCCGACCAAGGAGUGGUUGCAACCCAAGCGUUACAAGGCCCACUUGAUGGGAACUCAAUACGUGUACGAUUUCCCCGAGCUCUUCCGCCAGGCCUUCCAGAACAGCUGGACGCAGGUCGCCAAGACCAUUCCUGCCUUGUACGAGAAGCGCCCUCCUGUUGGAGAGUGCAUUGAUUACAGCGAGCUGGUUUUGGAUGAUACCGACAACCUCAUCGAGGUUGCCCGCGAGCCUGGCACCAACAGCCACGGUAUGGUUGGUUGGAUCGUGACCGCCCGUACCCCCGAGUACCCCCGCGGCAGACGUUUCAUCAUCGUCGCCAACGACAUCACCUUCCAGAUUGGUUCCUUCGGUCCUCUGGAGGACAAGUUCUUCCACAAGUGCACUGAGCUCGCCCGCAAGCUGGGUAUUCCCCGCAUCUACUUGUCUGCCAACUCCGGUGCUCGUAUCGGUAUGGCCGAUGAACUGAUCCCCUACUUCUCGGUUGCCUGGAACAAUCACGAGAAGCCCGAGGCCGGCUUCAAGUACCUUUACCUUACCCCCGAGGUCAAGGCGCGCUUUGACGCCAGCAAGAAGAAGGAGGUCAUCACCGAGCUCAUCAAUGAUGAGGGUGAGGAGCGCCACAAGAUCACCACUAUCAUUGGUGCCAGAGAUGGUCUGGGCGUUGAGUGUCUGAAGGGUUCCGGUCUCAUCGCCGGUGCCACCUCCAGGGCGUACGAGGAUAUCUUCACCAUCACGUUGGUCACCUGCCGCUCUGUUGGUAUCGGUGCUUACCUGGUUCGCCUCGGUCAGCGUGCCAUUCAGGUUGAGGGUCAGCCGAUCAUCCUGACUGGUGCUCCUGCCAUCAACAAGCUGCUCGGUCGCGAGGUCUACACCUCCAACCUGCAGCUCGGUGGCACUCAGAUCAUGUACAAUAACGGUGUCUCUCACAUGACUGCCAACAAUGACUUCUCCGGUGUUGAGAAGAUCGUUCAGUGGAUGUCCUUCGUUCCCGACAAGAAGAACGCUCCUAUUCCCAUCCGUCCCUGGUCGGAUACCUGGGAUCGUGAUGUCGCCUACUACCCUCCCCCCAAGCAGACGUAUGAUGUCAGAUGGCUCAUUGGCGGUAAGGAGGAUGUGGAUGGCUUCCUUCCCGGUCUGUUCGACAAGGGCUCCUUUGAGGAGGCUCUUGGAGGCUGGGCUCGCACUGUUGUCGUGGGUCGUGCCCGCCUUGGUGGUAUUCCCAUGGGUGUGAUUGCUGUUGAGACUCGCUCAGUGGAGAAUGUUACCCCCGCUGACCCUGCCAACCCCGAUUCUAUGGAGAUGAUCUCCAACGAGGCUGGCGGCGUCUGGUACCCUAACUCCGCCUACAAGACCGCCCAAGCUCUGCGCGACUUCAACAAUGGUGAGCAGCUGCCCGUCAUGAUCUUGGCCAACUGGAGAGGUUUCUCUGGUGGCCAGCGCGAUAUGUACAACGAGGUUCUCAAGUACGGAUCUUACAUCGUCGACGCCCUCGUCAAGUACGAGCAGCCCAUCUUCGUGUACAUCCCUCCUCACGGCGAGCUUCGUGGUGGAUCGUGGGUCGUCGUCGACCCCACCAUCAAUUCCGACCAGAUGGAGAUGUACGCCGACGAAGAAUCCCGCGGUGGUGUCCUCGAGCCUGAAGGUAUCGUUGGAAUCAAGUACCGUCGCGAGAAGCAGCUUGACACCAUGGCCCGCUUGGACCCCACCUACGGCGAUCUCCGCCGCGCCUUGAACGACACUUCGCUCACCACCGAGCAGCUCACCGAGAUCAAGGCCAAGAUGGCCGCCCGCGAGGAGCAGCUUCUGCCCGUGUACAUGCAGAUCGCGCUGCAAUUCGCCGAUCUGCACGAUCGUGCCGGUCGCAUGUUGGCGAAGAACACCAUUCGCAAGCCUCUGAAGUGGGUCAACUCCCGUCGCUUCUUCUACUGGCGUCUGCGCCGUCGUUUGAGCGAAGAGCUCAUCGUCAAGCGCAUGGUCGCUGCUACCGUCUCUGCCGCCGGUCCUUCCAGCGAGCCUCUUCGUGCCGACCACCUCCGCACCCUGCACGGCUGGACUGGAUUGCUGGAUGAGGAGAUCGAGAACGACGACCAGAAGGUUGCUAUCUGGUAUGAGGAGAACAAGAAGCUCGUUCAGACCAAGGUUGAGUCCCUGCGCACUGAGGGCGUCGCCUCCGAGGUUUCUCAGCUGCUUAUUGGCAACAAGGAGGGUGGUCUGCGUGGUGUGCAGCAGGUUCUGUCUAUGUUGCCUGUCCAGGAGCGCGAGGCUGUGCUCAAGUACCUUGCUUCUGCUUAA